UUUUGACACAAACACCCAAACGUGAAACGUCUCGUCUGCAAACUGCAAGUAUGUUCAUAUACAAACACUCAUGCUCAAACGCACUCCUUUUUUAUCCUAUAAUGAAAUUAGUAUGCAGGGAUCGAAAUACUAACGAUUAUAGCUUCUAAUUACAUCUAGUCUUUAUUUACUGAUAUGGAACAUCUCAAUACAAUUCACAACUCGUUUCCAUUUUCUUAUUGAUGAUAAUUUUUGUAGAACCGGUCAGCUGUGUCUAUUGAAAGUGGUCCAUUGUUGAAAGUUACCAUAAAAACGAAAUUGCAAAAAGGAACUAAGAGGAUUUUAAGCAUGACAUCAACAGUUACUGAGGCAAAUUGUCCGGCAAGCAACAGUUUUCGUGUAGUGGUGAGAUGUCGGCCAAUGAGCCACAAAGAAAUUUCAGAUGGCCAUACCAGCAUUGUUGAUUUCUCAAAUGAGACGCUCACGAUAUUCAAUCCAAAAGACAAUGACAGCAUUGGAAAGGAAUUCGCCUUCAACGCAGUCUAUGAUAGCAGUGCUUCUCAGGAGCUGCUAUAUGCUGAGGCUGUUUCCCCGGUAGUAGAUGCUGUUUUAUCCGGGUUUAAUGGAACCAUAUUUGCUUAUGGCCAGACUGGGUCCGGGAAAACGUUCACCAUGGAAGGAGAUUACUCUCAAUCUGCAACCAGAGGAAUGAUAUUUAGGUCAUUUGAGCAUAUUUUCGACCAUAUUUCUGCGUCAACUAACAUGGAAUAUCUUGUUCGAGUUUCAUAUUUGGAAAUCUAUCAAGAAGAAAUUAGAGAUUUGCUGGAGAAAACCAAGAAACAAUGUGACUUGAGAAUGAACGAUUCCGGUGUUAUCUAUGUUAAAAACCUUCAUUCAUAUGUUUGCAAAAGCAUAAAGGAAAUCGAACAUGUGAUGGCAGUUGGAAACCAGAAUCGUACAGUUGGGGCUACUGAUAUGAAUCUACAUUCUUCAAGAUCUCACGCCAUAUUCAUAAUAACUAUCGAAAUGAGUGAGACAAUUUCUGGAUUUAAAAGUCAAGUGAGAGUGGGAAAAUUGAAUCUAGUUGAUCUUGCUGGAAGUGAGCGUCAGUCCAAAAGUAAAGCAGGGAUGGAACGAUUGAAAGAAGCAAGCAAAAUUAACCUUUCGCUAUCAGCUCUAGGAAAUGUGAUUUGCGCUUUGGAAAAUGGAAGUACCCAUGUUCCGUAUCGAGACUCAAAACUGACUAGAUUGCUUCAAGAUUCUCUUGGAGGAAACUCACAAACACUUAUGAUAGCAAACAUCGGCCCAGCAAGUUAUAACUAUGACGAGAGCUUGACCACUCUGCGAUAUGCUAGUCGUGCAAAGAAAAUUGUUAACAAGCCUCGUAUCAAUGAAGAUCCUAAAGAUGCUUUGUUGCGUGAAUACAGGGAAGAAAUUCUGCGGCUCAAGGCUCUUCAAGCACAACAAAGAAAAUCAAGAACAUUGAUGAACAGUGAAAACAAAGGAGAGAUGCUCAACGAAGAAGAUUUGAACAAAAUGGCCACUGAAAUAAACAGGGAGACAUCUCUGACUGAUAAGGAACGAGCUUCGAAACUUCACGAAAUUGAAGAAAAGAGAGCUGCUAUUGUUGCUGAGAAGAAGUAUGCUGAAGAUAUCAUGCAUAAAAUUGAGUCAAUGGAAAGUAAACUACUUGGUGGUGGCAAGAAUAUAAUAGAGCACACUAAUGAACAACAGAGGAUUCUUGAGCAACAAGCUGCGGAAAUUCAAAAAUACAAGUUGAGAGAGAAGAGAAUGAGACAAGAAUUAGCCGCCAAAGAAGAAACAGCUGAAGAAAUUCGAGAAACGUUCAUGAGUAAGCAGCAGGAGGUCGAAUUCAAGACAAGAAAAUUGAAAAUGCUUCACCAGAAAUACCAAUCUAUCAAAAAGGAAACAAAUGAUAUCGUUGAAGAGUUCAAUGUUGAUAGAAGAGAACUAGAAAUGUUGCAAAAUCAUCUGAUGAGAAAUAUCAAACUGAAUAUACUGAUAAUCGACAAUUUUAUUCCGAAAGAAGAGCGCCAACUAGCCAUGUCUCGACUCUAUUACGACGAGGAAGAAGACUCGUGGCAGUUGAUGCCUGAUUGUGAGCCUUUGGUGGAAUCCGAACCUUCUGCCGACAGUGCUCGUCGUUUGAUGGCUGACGGCUCUCUAAAACGUUCCAAGCGUCCCAGUCAAUUGGAGAACAUCAUCAAUUUAACUCCAGUUCAAGUAGGCAGCACAAUUAUUUUGUAUGAAGGACCCGAAAUUUCCUACAGUAUGAAGUUAGCCUUUGAAGCAGCUCUGCAAAAAGAAGAAGACAUUGAUGUUGAAGCGAUGCCUUCAACGAAAAAAUCUAUAUCAAGAUAUUUGAAUUCUUCUUCUGGAAAACAUAUGGUUGACUGGAAUCUGGUAAACAAGACAACUCAACAACCUAUAUAUCCUAAAACACGUGGCCUAGUCCCAAAAUAGUAAUGACAAAUGUAUAUCAAAAUUUGAAGAGUGUUUCAGUAUUAUUCAACUUACUAUUACUUUGUGCAAUAUUGUUCGUGAAACCUCAAAUUUUUGUAAUUUUGUAUAUCUAGACUGUAUUUAUUGUUUGAAAUCAAAAUUUACAAAAACGUCAAGUUGGACAGAGUCCAUAGUUGGUUAAUUCUUAUGAUCAGGAUGUUCAUUUCAAAUGUCAAUUUCUCUGGCAGCUGAGUAGAAGAACUGAGAAUAAUUGAUAUUCAGUAGUAGAAUUUCUAUAGAACUCCAGAUUUUUUCGCCCAUUAAUGGCAUUCUAUUUUAAAUCAUUUUUUUCAGUGAAAGGUUCCAUUUUUAUGUAAUUUUUAGGUUCUUUCAAUUAUUAGGGAUAGUGCUUGAUCCCCUAGUCAUCCUUAUAAAAAUACUACUCUCACUCAAAAGUCAUUUAGCGCUUAUCAAUAAUUUACUUUGAUUUAGGAAGGUAAAAUUUAUUUAAUUUUUAGAAGAGAAACUUUAUGUUAUUUUUUUUUUUUUAAAUAGAUCAAAAGUUAAGCAUACUUUUGUUUAAAUCGUAUAAUAUAAAUAAUGCAGGAAGUAUUCUGUUUGUGUUGAUCUGAGAAUAUUAUUUUUAUCUUUUUUUAUAGUAUAGUAGUAAGUAUGCUGACAUGUUCUAGGCAAAUUUGAAUGAUUUACGAAACUAUUGAUCAGUUAUUAAAAUCGGUUCUUGAGUGGAUGUUUUGCCAUAGGUUUCUAGUUUUAAAUCCAUUAUUAUAAUUCUACAUCAACUAUACUGAACUAACAGAAAUUCAGACAUGAGCAAGAGACAGCUAAAAACGUUGUUCUAUGAAUAGUGAGGAUGAGACUUCAUGUAAUUUUUCUUGGAUGGAAAUAUUAUUUGUGUUAUGGUUGACGACGGUAAUAAUGGUUUUUGUUGACGUCUUGAAACCACUUUUAUUUGCAUUUUUUGUACUUUUUGUUCCAUUGAGUAAUAUUUAUUCCAUUUAGCUACAUUCGUCAAAUCUUUAAAUGUAUAAAAUGUAGGAAUCGCCCCAAGAACCUUAUUGGAGCCGUCCCUGCCAUUGUGAAACUAACGUUUCAAGGAAUACAGAAAAAUAAAAUCGAGUCAGAAAUUGAUUCACUUGAAUAAAUUGGUCCUUUGGCUGUUCCAGAAAUUAAACAACAAUCCAAUUGUUUCCAUUAAGAUCCUUACAAAAAUCCUUUAUAAAAACAUUAUAUAUUCCCUUAUAUUAAAAUCAACAAUUAAGUAAUUUAAAUUCUCCUUGGGAUUUUUACUAGGCUAAUAGUCACGAUCAGCACUAUAUUGAACAUAUGUAUUAUAUUUACAAGUAUGCAUAUUUUAUUAUUUAUCCUACAUGAACAUUUCAUAUUUAUUUAUCUUUAGCAUCCAUGAAUGUAUUAAUAUACCGUAACAAUUUAGACACGGUACACACUCUUUUCAAUGAUUCCCACCCACUAACCUAACUCUAGUGUACGAAUUUACUUCGAUACAUCACAAUCCAGGCUAUAAACCGCUUAGAUUUGUUGGAUUGAUCGAGAAUGUCAUGUUUGCCCACACGACUUUGGUCGUUCACAAGAACUGUUUAGGUAGAGAUUGGCAGUCAGAGACCUAAUUGAACAGUCUAAUUGCUUUCCAAAGAGGCAUAGUGUCUAAGUGAUCUAUUUAAUCUAGUGCAAUAUUAUGCUUUAGUGAUCUCAUUAUUUAAUUGAUAAUAUUGUAAUAAAGCAUAUAUAUUUUCUAUUUCAA